AUGGCAGUCUUGUCCAAGGCGCGUGCAGUCUCCAGCGUCGGUGCGUUGGUCGCGCUAGCGAUCGCAAUCCGUGAGCACGGCCGUCAUAAGGCCAACGCUACAUCCCACCAAGACUCGGCGUUCGUGGCGCGAAAGCGAAGUGCUCCCAACACCCAGCGAAACGUGGCGGUGAACGGAGACUUCUUCCGUCGGUUUCUUCGGCUCUUCCGCGUGCUCGUCCCCGGCCCGUUCUCUGCUGAAGUGGGCUUCGCAGCCUUGGUGGCGCUCAUGCUGGCGGCCAAGACGUCCUUCGACAUCGCGGUGCUGCACCUGUUCACGUCCAUCGAGCGGGCCAUCGUCUCUCGCUCGCAGCGGGACUUCCUGCUCCACCUGCGCCGCUUCAUAGCCGUCAUGCUGCCCAUGUCCUGCAUCAACUGCCUGCUCAAGUACGGCCAGUCGGAGCUUAGUCUGCGCUUCCGGGCGCGACUGACCUCGUACCUGUACGCGCAAUACCUCAAAGGCUUCGUCUACUACAAAGUAGCCAACCUCAGUACCCAGGUAUCGAACGCCGACCAGCUCCUGACGGUCGACGUCGAGCGGUUCAGCAACUCCGUGACGGAACUCUACCUGAACCUGUCCAAGCCGCUGCUGGACAUCGCCAUCUACGCUGCUAAACUCACGUCUUCUGUGGGAGUCCAAGCUCCAAUCACCAUGUUGAGUUACCUGGUGACGUCGGGGGUCUUUCUGACAUGGUUGAGGCAGCCGAUGGGCCGCUUCACCAUCGCUGAGCAACAAGCGGAAGGCACUUUCCGAUUCAUGAACUCAAGGCUGAUAACGCACAGCGAGGAGAUCGCCUUCUACGACGGCAAUGUGAGGGAGAAAAAUCUCCUGGACGAGUCGUUCCGUGUCCUCAUCGAUCGCAUUCGGUCGAGUCAGCACUGCCGAACCGCAGUGGGCGCUGUGGAUACCGUCGUGGCUAAGUACCUGGCGAUCGUGGUCGGCUACUACGUCGUGUCCAAGCCGUUCAUGGAUCCUAACAACGUCCGGCUUGCAGGCUUGACGUAUGCAGAGCAAAUGGAAUACUACUUCCGAUCGGGAAAAAUGAUGAUCAACUUGGCAGAGGCAACGGGUCGACUGGUUCUCUCGGGUCGAGAGCUCACACGACUCGCCGGGUUUACAGCUCGCAUCACGGAGUUUAUCGACGUGUUAGCUGGUCUCAACGGCGACCAAUACGCGUCAGUGGACGACGAUCAGACUGAAACUGGUCCAGCUACAGUGAAGUUGGAACUGCUGCAACGUCGUGGGGUGCUGCAGUACCGUGACCACGUGAUUCAGUUCGAAGACGUGCCUCUUGUCACCCCAAACGGUGAGGUGUUGAUGCCGUCGCUCAAUCUGAAGGUCACGACGGGGAUGAAUGUGGUGGUCGCAGGUCCCAAUGGCUGCGGCAAGAGCUCACUGUUCCGAGUUCUGGGCGAGUUGUGGCCUCUCUGUGGCGGCAGGUUGACCAAGCCAAAGCAGAACGGACUCUUUUACAUCCCCCAGCGCCCGUAUCUGACGUUGGGGAGUCUCCGCGACCAAGUGAUCUACCCUCACUCCCUCGCUGACAUGCAAGCCUGUGGUCGAGGCGACGACGAGUUGAUGCACUUCCUGGAUAUAGUUCAGCUCGCCCACCUCGUCGAGCGCGAGGGCGGCUGGGAUGCUGUACAGGAUUGGACCGACGUGCUGUCCGGCGGUGAGAAGCAGCGACUGGCCAUGGCUCGGUUGUUCUACCACAAACCCCAGUUCGCCAUUCUUGAUGAAUGUACGUCAGCCGUCAGCGUGGACGUUGAAGGCGCCAUGUACAGCUACUGCCGCGAACAGAACAUCACGCUCUUCACGGUGUCGCACCGCCGGUCGCUCUGGCAGUAUCACGAAUACGUCCUACAGUUUGAUGGACGCGGUUCAUACCAGUUCAAGAUGAUCAAGGAAGGCGACGAUGCCUUCGGAUCAGAUCUGUCGAUCACCGUGUUCUUACGGAUGAAAGGCCAGAAAUCGACUUCUUACGCUCAGCAGCCUCAUUCCAAAAUUCACCUCGUCGAGCAGAAGCUCAAGCUGAUCCAAGACCUACCAACAAUGCGUCUCUCCUUCGUCCUGCUCGUAGUUACUGCAGCCACGCUGCUCGCACGUGGCAACGCCUUGUCAGCGGGCCCCGGCAAGGCGGCAGUCUCCAGUGUGGUGACUCGGUCGGUGGCGAACGCUGGCGAAUGCACGAGGUUCCUGCGAGGCCACAGACUUGCGGACGGUCUCGAUGACAGCGAGGAAGAAGAAAGAGGCGUCAGGAUCCCGGUCAAGAGCAAGAUGCUGAAUAACGAGAGCUACCGCCAAGAAAUUUUCGACAACUGGCUGAAGGAAAACGUGUCCUCUAUGAGGGCCUGGGACUUGCUGAAGGUCGAAAAGAAAGAGAAAUACCGCCCACGCUACAACGAAUACGCUCCAUCAGCAAGUUGGGCAUGGGACCUGCGGCUCUACAGCGGCAACGGGCCUAUUGAUCCCACGAAGGCCUUCUCCUCCACGGCAGUACAGCGAUGCUACUCGCUCAGCAACUGCUGGGACGGCAAAAUUCGCGCGGCAGAUUGGUCUGGCCUGCCGUCUGGGGCUCGCAUCGUCUUCUACACGGGGUCCAAGAAGUGUCAGGGGAAGUAUGCGUCAGGUGCUUUGAACGAAUCGGGGGUGAUCGACUUUGCGACUUCAAUUUUUUGA